UCGUUUGAAGUUACAAAGUAUCCCACUAUGGGUAUCAAAAUGAGUCCGAUUAUUCAAGGUACUAGAAUCUUGAGGAGGUUUUCAAAUUCCGGAGGUGUUCCAAAAGGUCAUUGUGCAGUAUAUGUAGGAGAGAGCCAGAAGAAGAGAUUCGUCGUGCCAAUAUCUUACUUGAGCCAACCUUUAUUUCAAGACUUGUUAACUCAAGCUGAAGAACAGUUUGGCUUCGAUCAUCAGAUGGGUGGUCUCACAAUACCUUGCAAAGAGGACGUGUUUGUUGAUCUCACAUCCUGCUGA